GGGAGUUACUGGGGUGGCCGUUGGUGACGGAGCCCCCUUGGUCCCAGAGGCCACCUCGGGUCCAGGAGCCACCGGGGCCACCAGGAGCCACGAGGCCACCAGAGAUGCCACCACGGACCACGGAUGGAGACCCAGGGCCACCAAGGCCACCAACCCCCGUGUCACCGACGUCCCCGAGGCCACCACGGACCUUGGACACGCCUCUGGGGCCACCAAGGCCACCACGGACCAUGGAUGGAGCUCUGGGGCCACCAGAGAUGUCACCAAAGCCACCACAGACCACGGAUGGAGCUCUGGGGCCACCAGGAACAUGGGGGACACCAACACUUGUGGGGCCACCAAGGCCACCAUGAGCUCUGGGGCCACCAGGGACACCAACACUUGUGUCACCGACGUCCCCGAGGACACCAUGGACCUUGGACACAUGUCUGAGGCCACCAAGGCCACCAUGGACCACGGAUGGAGCUCUGGGGCCACCAGGAACAUGGGGGACACCAACACUUGUGGGGCCACCAAGGCCACCAUGAGCUCUGGGGCCACCAGGGACACCAACACUUGUGUCACCGACGUCCCCGAGGACACCAUGGACCUUGGACACAUGUCUGAGGCCACCAAGGCCACCAUGGGUCCUGGAUGGAGCUCUGGGGCCACCAGGAACAUGGGGGACACCAACACUUGUGGUGCCACCAAGGCCACCACGGACCACGGAUGGAGCUCUGAGGCCACCAGAGAUGUCACCAAGGCCACCACGGACCUUGGAUGGAGCUCUGGGGCCACCAGGGACACCAACCCUCGUGUCACCAACGUCCCUGAGGCCACCAUGGACCACAAAUGGAGCUCUGAGGCCACCAGGGACACCAACACUUGUGAGGCCACCAAGGCCACCAUGGACCACGAAUGGAGCUCUGAAGCCACCAGAGAUGCCACCAAGGCCACCAUGGGCCACGGAUGGAGCUCUGGGGCCACCAGGAACAUGGGGGACACCAACGUUUGUGGUGCCACCAAGGCCACCAUGAGCUCUGGGGCCACCAGGGACACCAACACUUGUGUCACUGACGUCCCCGAGGACACCAUGGACCUUGGACACAUGUCUGAGGCCACCAAGGCCACCAUGAGCUCUGGGGCCACCAGGGACACCAACACUUGUGUCACUGACGUCCCCGAGGACACCAUGGACCUUGGACACAUGUCUGAGGCCACCAAGGCCACCAUGGGUCCUGGAUGGAGCUCUAGGGCCACCAGGAACAUGGGGGACACCAACACUUGUGGGGUCACCAAGGCCACCAUGGACCACGAAUGGAGCUCUGAAGCCACCAGAGAUGCCACCAAGGCCACCACGGACUUUGGAUGGAGCUCUGAAGCCACCAGAGAUGCCCCCAAGGCCCCCACGCCCCACAACUGCACCAAGGCCACCAUGAGCUGUGGAUGGAGCUCUGAGGCCACCAGAGAUGCCACCACGGACCUUGGAUGGAGCUUUGAGGCCACCAGGGACACCAAAGACACCAACACUUGUGGUGCCACCAGUGUCACCAAGGCCACCACGCCCCACGGCUGGAGCUCUGAUGCCACCAAACCAAGCAUGGACCACGAAUGGACCUCCGAGGCCACCAGAGAUGCCACCAAGGCCACCACGGACCUUGGAUGGAGCUCUGAGGCCACCAGGGACACUGGGGACACCAACGUUUGUGCUCUUCCACCCCCUCCACCGAACCCCCCUUAG